ACAUAACACCUAUUGUUCCAGACUUAUGGGACACCCUGUAUACAUAUAAAAAAUUUGGUUGCAAACUUCUUUGAAUAUAUGUACUUUUAUAAAAAGUUUUACCAAUUAAUUGAAAAUAAAAUAGCUUGGCAAUUUAAGAACAAAAUGCAUUGUUAUGACUACUACUGACAUUUCAUCACUUGAAACCUGAAAGAGCAUGGUUUUGCACUUUGCAUUGCCGAACCAGUUGGUGAAGGUAUUGAAAUCGGGUUAAGUUGCAUUAUUGCCACUCUCCGAAGAGACAGUGCUCUUGGUGUGCUUGGAACACCUCGCAAGUCACAUUCCAGAUCGCUUUGUAAACAUCAAACCUCGUCAGUGUUUUUUGUGUUGUAAAUGUCAGCAGUAGUUGUAUCGCAUAUACUAGACUUAGGGAUCAAAAAAGACGAUUGGCGAUGACAUAAAAUGGUGCAUAUAUACUGAAGAAGUUUACUUUAAUUAGUAGGAAAUUGUUUAUGCUUGUUAUUUUUAUUAAAAAAAAAAAAAGUUUUUAUUUUGCUACUGUUGCAGUGUGUCGCACGCCUCCCAAGUCGGAUCCCUUUCCGGCACCGCUUGACGACCCACUAAAAAAUGCAAAUUCUAAAGCGAAAACAUUCAGAAGAUUAGAAUGCAGCCAGUCUCCGUUCCUUCCUCCAGUGGAAAUAGUGACAACAUCCUCCGAGAGAAAGACGUUUCCCACGCCGUCCACCGUCUCCGCGCUUGGCAUCACUUACACCAGACCGGCGGAUCCGUUCCGGAGGCCCAGUCUCCCUUCAUCUUCUAGCACAUCGCUACUUAAGCCCUUGGAGAAGAGCGUGAUGCUGCGGUACAAUUCCUGCACAGAGACCUCGGCUGUCUCAGUGGUGAGGCCGGUGCCGAUCAUACCGGCCGAGAAGGAUGUACAUCCUAAACAAGCCAUAGUCUUCCCAGAAUUACAGCAGAGGACAGAAAUCAACUACUUAGAUUUUGUACCAGACCAACGAGAACAUCCUUUUGGUUUAGAUUUAGAAGAGUUUUUACCCAGACACCUGCAAGACACACUGAGGCUCGGAGGAUCCAAUCAGCCGGAGAUGUCCGAGGCAGAAGCCAUGUCUUGCAUAAUCCGCGGUCACCAGCCCAUGAUAGCAGUCAUGUCCCAUCGACAUAAAAAUCUCCAGAUAAUCUUAGCGCAGUGGAACAUUAAAGAUAUGAAAAUAGCAUUGGAGUCCGCAGUCCAAAUGAAUAACCAGUCCAUAAUUGUAGAUAUAUUGAAUGUCAUAACGCUUAGGCCGUAAGUAUUUAUUUUUUAAAUUAUGUAACUUUUGCAAUCGACGUACAUGCGACAUAAGCCUACAUAAUUAAAAUUGGUGCCGUUAUUGCACAUUUCUGUUUGACAAAUACAUAAUUUAAUGCAAGUUUACACCAGACCAGUGCAGGAUGAUUGCAAAACGUGUACGAAUGUGCGACGAUUUCAAACUAUGCUUACAUUUAGAAACUAGGAUUGGACGGUGGAUAACUUGCCGACAUAUUUGCCAACAAGUUGCAAGCUCGCAUCCCACAUCGUAUCAAUCUUUUCUAUGUUUCGUACCCAUCGGUAGCUAAAUGAAUAAAAUCUAUAAAUGCUGGUAGUUGUUCAUUGGUUUGCACCUCAUCAUAAGUAGGCAUGUGAAUAAAAUCUGGAAAACUAACACCUAAAUAGGAGCCAUUUUCUCAUAAAGUCUUCCCUGGAGAGUUUGUAAGUUUAAACAAUGUUUAAACAAAUGUAACAAUCUCUUUCUUCUUCACGUUAAGUACUUCUAAAAGUCUAAGUAUUUAAUUGUACAAGCUGAAAGAAGAACAAAUUUAAGAAGCGUGGAUAUUUUUAAUACAUAAUUAGAGUUUAUUUUUCUAAUUAAGCACUUUUUUUGAUGUGUAGAUGAAGUAAUAAUGCUAAAAAUGUAACUAUUUCCCACUAAAAAGAUGUGACUCACGCAAAUCACACCACGCUGCCCACUUUGGAAGUGGGCAGUACGGCAUGAGAUGACUUUCCUCCCUCAUAUUUAUGACGUUUUCCAAAUACAAUAAAGGUGGAGUGUAUUAAAAAUUUGAUUCGUUGGGUUACGUUUGGUGAAAAUUAGAAAAUUUCUUAACAAAUAGUGGGAGUAGUGAUUACAAAUUUCUUCGUUGUAAAAGUAGUAACCAUUUACGUAGUUUUUUUCAUAGGUUCGUAACAUCUGUAGCAGGGUGGAGAAAGAAUUAGACAAUUGAAUCUCGCCUUUCUGGCAUUAAUCCAGCGACACUUGUCUGAAAUGUGUAGUGUGGAAUGUGGAUCUGUAUCCGUUCUUAUACUUUUUGUACCUUUGUCUUUCAAUAUACUGAAAGGUUUCUAAUUACUUGUCAAAUCUUUCAGUUUGUCUCCUUUCUGAAAAAGUUCUCUAUGGUAUAUUUGUUAAUUUUGGCCACACUAUGAUGUGCAGUAGCAAGGAUGAAUCUUUGUUAAAGUGCAAAGGGUAUUGAACUUAUGAACCAUCUUCAGUUGCUGGACAUUAAGUUAUCUGGAGCAUCACUAUUAUAACAGGCAGAUGCUUCAUUUCAACACUUUUUAAAUUGUAAACACAAGUUUUCUGAAUUUAUUAUUAUUACAGAUAUUGGAAGAUUGGUUUAUUGCAACAUUUCCAGUUUUAAUUUUGUCCAUCAGUGUCCUAGUGGUGGGAAAAAUGAAAUAUUAAACACUGGUAGUUGGUCAUGGGUUCUUGCCUCAUCAAUGGGCUGGCAUCGUGGUGUUUUCCAGGUUUUCUUCAAGUUAGUAGCACCUAAGUAUGAAUCACUUUCCCCUCAAGUCUUUCUGGAAGUCAUUCCCCUUGGCAGAUCGCCCACGUGUCACAUUGCCGUAAACAAACAAACCAGUCCAGUUUUAAUUUUCGAAAUUUAAUGGCUUAUUGUAACUUUAAAUGCGCAAUUUUGGUUUACUUAACUUAUAAAGAAUCAAAGCGUCAAACUAAAACUUGUAAAUUGAAUCAAUCUUUUAAAAUAGACUUGUUAGGAAAUAAAUAAGUCGUUAUUGACUCAUUCUUUCACCUUGAUUUUUUUUAAAACUUGUGUCUAGACACAUUUGACUCAUGUCUAUUAAUAUAAUUCAGUACAACUGAUAACUUUGAUACUUUAGCAAUACAUUUUUUUAUGUAACUUGCUAUUUAUUGAGUUUUUUUUUAAUCAGUAUUUGAGCAAUUUGCAUGCAGAGAUGAAGGGAGAAUAUGUUUUGUUGAAGUGUUCAGUUUAUUACAAGUAACUAUGUGAGAUAGUUAUAUGCUUUGCGUUUCUUUUGAAAAUUUCCUCGUUCUCCUCACUUGUACAGGAUUUAAAUGGUACUGAUUAACUGGGAUGGUAAUUUUUUCCAUUUACCCUGAUAAUUGACAGUCUACUCAAUGUUUUUCAACCUUUUUCUCAUUGUUGACCGAUAAAAUUAUCCAUAAUUCUACGUAGCCCAGUAAUUAAUUGUCACCAUGAAUUAUUGGUAUAUAUGCUUAUCUAGAGUUAAUCUAGGUGUUAUAUUUAAGAAAAAUACAAAGGGAAUGUGUACAAAUGUGCUCUCAUUGCAUUUCACACUAAAAGUACUUUAAUUUUUCAGUUGUAAUAACAAUAUUAUAAAAAUACACUAAGUUAUUGUUGGAAUGCUAAUCUUUUUAAUGUUGCCAUCACAAUCUACGGAAUACUAGUUUCACAAUUUAAACUGUUCGGACUGAAAUUUAAUGUAAUUCUAUAGCCGUGUGUAAAGUUCUUAAAGCUAAUUUGAUCGCAGGCACUUGUGGGAUAUUGAAUGGCAUAGGAACUUUGAAAUCUUUGGUGUAUAAUUACCUCGUUGCACUUGGAAAAGUUAAUAGGUACUGUUUUCUGCACAGGCACAAAACAGAUGGAAGUGUGCCAUUAAUUGCUUUGUCAAUUGGAUUUACUAACAAUAAAACAAAUUUUCUGAAUCCAGACAUGUUAAAACAAUGGUUGAAUCCAGGCUGGCUGCCCAAACCAAUUAACAAGUGUAGUAGGUUUGAAUGUGUUUGGUGAAAUUUUGAAAAGCUGUUAUGCUACAAGUAUAUCAUCAAUUGUUGUGGGAUAACUGUUGAACUUUAUUUCUCUCAAUUUAAAUUUGUAUGCUUAUUUAAUUCAAGUGAUAUCCUGCUUUAGUCAACCGAAAGCAUAUUUUGCUAGAUCAUUUAUGAAAGGUAAGAUGCGAGAACUGAAUGCAAUCAAACCUUUCCCACAUUCUACCUAUGGUCCUGAACCAUUGUAUUACUAUUCAUUCCGGUCAGUGGUGUAGUUUUUAUCUGGACAAUACUUUCAAAUUCUCUCAUCACAAGUUGAGAUUGCAACAAGAGAAUUUUUCUUCAAAAAAUAGUGGUAACAAGGAAUACAAGAGUUGAAAGUAAAUCUCUAUACUACAGUAAAGAUAACACCGCUACUGGUAACAUCAAAAGUCUGUUAUCUCUAUUAUAGUAUUUAAGAUUUGCUUUCAACAAUUUUUCGAGACAAGAAGCUUUUUCUUAAUACAAGAGUUAACUGAAAGAGAGCUAUAGAUCAUAAAUCACAAUAGACUGUACAGUAUUUUGAAGAAGAGUUAGUUUUUUAUGUUUUACAAUAAUAAAUUACUUCUAAUUAAAUGAUGGGUUAUAUGUGAGAUAUCCUUUUUAUGUCUAACAUAAAGCAUGAACUGAAAAUUAUAGUUUUAAUAAUGUUUUAAAAUAUGAAACGUCAUAGUAGGACUUUAUUGGAAAUUUAACAUCUUUUCUAACUUCUCGACCCGGAAAUUCUUAUGCCCUCAGUCCAGAUCCAUAAUUCCGUUUUUAGUCGGAGCCGAAUAGUUGCCUAUUCGGCUCUAUAUACUAACAAGUGAAAUAACGAAUACACAAUAUUAGUCACGAGUAAGUCAUCGGAACUGCUCUAUAUUUGGCAAAUACUAAGCGUAGAAUCAGCUUUACUCGUUUUAAAAAAAUUAAAUACUUGUCCGAUUAAUGUUUAUGAUCUGUCGGGUCUCAUCAUCCGAUCUUGACUAGAAUGACUAAAUAGAUUUAAUAUAAAUAUUAUUUAUGUAAUUAUUCUUUUGUUUUCAAGUUAAAGUAUGUAGAACAAUAAAGUAGAAAUCUGAAACCCUAAUCGAAUAUUUUUGACUUUUAUGAUCUGAUGAGCCAUAAUUAUAAAGAAAACCUUUACAGGAUCUUUGUUUUUUCAUAAAUUUCAGAUAUUCUCAUAGAUAAUUGUUCUGAUCUAUCGUUAGAUUUUUAAAAUAGAUCUGAUAUAAGCCUACUUCUCUACUAAGAUUUCCAGAUUUUGAUUUCAACAAUGUAAAUAUUCACUUAUUUACAUGAAAAAUUAUUUAAUUAUGGCUUUACAAGAUUAAUUUAAUGUUUCUUAAAUUGCCACAUCUUGAAUUUAUUAGUUCUAUCAUUAAAAUAUUUUAGUCUAAUCCUUAGAAAGAUUGUUUUCUUAUGUAUUAACAUAAAUAUUAUCUUGAGAAAAGUAAUUAGGUUUCAAAGAAAGAAUUUUAAGAUUUAAAAUUAUAUUCAGAAUGAUACUGAGAAGAGUGUAUUAUGCUGAAACGUGAGAAACACAUAAUACGGUGUGAUGCAAAAUGUUUUUUUCAUUUUAAGUCUGUUCUCUAUCUUCUUGCGAUUAUAGUUUAAAAAUGAGCUUUACAUUAUAAAUAUUCAUACUCUCUAAUUCAAUUAAUGUAUUAUAUUAGAGAUAAACAAGGAACUCAACUGUUACAAUUUGAUUUACUGUUUAUCGUAGAAAACAAAUUAGUUACAGCAAAGUUAUAAAAUUAUCUUCAGUACUUACUGUUAGAUAUAGUGAUGGAAAUGUUAGCUGCCCACCAGUGGCCGAGCGGACGAAACCACUGAAUACUGCUAGUUGGUUGUAUGUUCGUAGCU